UUAGCUAAUGACACACCUAUCCCAUGGUUUUCUUUGGUAAAAACUUAUCCUGCCGCAAAAGAUAAGGCAAAUACCCACCAUUCCUUCCCUCCCAGCCCUCUUUCUUCACAUCCACAGCCAAAAAGAAAGAAACAGCAGAUGGUUCCAGCAAUGAAGGUCUCUGCUUUCCAACUCAGUCCUCGUCUCCACAUCUCGAACCCCCAUGGCCAUCAAAGUCAACCACUAAAGCUUCUCGCACCAACUUUAAAGCUCAAGCCAUCGGUAAUAAGAAUCACCACAGUCCGUACUCUUCCCUCGUUUAAGAAACUGCUCUAUUUCAAUUCUCAUGAGAAGAUCGCAAAAAUGAAGUUUUUUGAGAAGGAUUCAUCGAUUGAACUCCAAAGAUUGCUUCUUUUUGGUGGUUUCUCCUUCGCUUUUGCUAUUCUUCUUCUAGGGUUUGAUGGGCAGCAGGAAGCCAUGGCUUUUGGACCGGAGGGGCCUCUGGUUGAGGAGUUUUGGGAUAAUGUGAGGAGAUAUGGCAUUUACUUCUUGACAGUGAGCACAGGAGCAAUAUACACUAUUCUGCAGCCAAUUUUUGAGCUUUUGAAGAAUCCUGUCACUGCAAUUUUGAUUAUUGUUCUGGUUGUGGGAAGUUUUUAUCUUCUGUCUCAGGUGCUGAGUGCCAUGGUAGGAGUUUCAGAGUUUAGUUAUCAAUAUGCAUAUUGAAUACUUAUUAUUAAAACUAUCUGGGUUGCAAUGAAUUAUCCUGUUGGGCUUUUGUUUCCU